CAAGUCCUUGCAAACUCGUGCAUCUUCUUUGCGGCGUUUGAGUCAGUAAGUUGCUUUUGGAAGGAAGUAAAUCGACAAACCCCGCUGAUUGUCAUUGCUUUUGUGGCUCAAGCAGUGCAAACGCCCUUGCAACACCUUGUCCUUCGUUCCCGUUCCUUUCUUCUUUGACACAAUGGGCCUUGAGGCACACUUGCAGCAUGCAUCCCUUUUGAAGAAGGUCGCCGAGUCCAUGAAGGAUUUGUGCAAGGACGUGAAUUUCGACUGCUCCGAGAAGGGCAUUGAGGUGCAAUGCAUGGACAGCUCGCAUGUAGCAUUGGUCUCUGUGCUGCUGAGAGAGUCUGCCUUUGCUGAGUUCAAGUGUGAUCGUCCAGUUUCGCUUGGCAUGAACAUUGACUCGUUGACCAAGAUCAUGAAAAUGACAGGUGCAACUGACUCGUUGAAGAUUCGACACCAGACAGAUGCCGACACAGUGAACUUCCAGUGUGAAGGCUCAGAUGAUCGCAUUGCCGACUUUGAUUUGAAGCUGAUGCAAAUCGAGAGUGAACACAUGGAAAUCCCGGAGCAGCACUACAAGGUUGUCGCGAAGUUGCCUUCUUCUGAAUUUCAGAAGGUUUGCCGUGACCUGAAGGAGUUUGGCGAGACCAUUCAGAUCAGUGGCAGCAAAGAAGGGUUGAAAUUCAUGGUGCAGGGUGAUCUGGGCAGCGGCAAUGUGAUGUUGAAGCCUCGUGAGGGAGAGAAGCCCGAGGAGAAGGUAUCACUCACAGUCCAUGAACCAGUUACUGCCACAUUUGCGCUUCGCUAUUUGGUGAAUUUUGCGAAGGCAGAGAAGCUUUGUGGUUCUGUUGAACUGGGUCUUAGUCCUGAUGCUCCCCUGCUUGUGAAGUAUGACUUGGAGACUGCAGACAAGGGCCACAUGCAGUUCUACCUUGCCCCAAAGAUUGACGAGUGAUGAAGUUGCUCUGAUUCUGAGGCAGUAUCAAAGCAGGUAGUGCUGGAAGACUGCAGUAUUUUAGCACGCAACGUCGUGUAUGAGCGUAGUCAUUUGCGGGUUCUGCUGGGGGCUGGGGAGCACUGUUGGGGGUUGCAGUGCGCUGAGAAAAUGACAGCUUUUACAUGGCAUGGUCCGGAAGUCGAGCAAAGUUCUUACAUUGGUUGUUG